AUGAUUUUCCUCAUGGACCUCCAGAUGAUGCUGCUGGACGUGAUCUACUUCAUCCUGCGCAACUCCGUCCGGGUGGUCCUGCGCCCGCGCACCAAGCCCAUCGACGGCGAGCUGGUGCUGAUCACCGGGGCGGGGGGCGGCCUGGGUCGCCUCUUCGCCCAGGAGUUCACCAAGCACGGGGCGGACGUGGUGCUCUGGGACAUAAACAGCGGGGAGAACGAGCGGACGGCCCGGCUGGUGGGCGAGAUGGGGGGCACGGCGCACGCGUACACGGUGGACGUGACCGACCGGGCGGACGUGUACCGCAAAGCGGAGCUGGUGCGGAAGGACCUGGGCCGGGACGUCACGGUGCUGGUGAACAACGCCGGGGUGGUGGCCGGGCGGCGCCUGUUGGACUGUCCCGAUGAACUGAUCGAGAGGACCAUGAAGGUCAACUGCCACGCCCUCUUCUGGACGGUGAAGGCCUUCCUCCCUCAGAUGAAGGCCCAGAAUCACGGACACAUCGUCACCAUUGCCAGCGUCCUGGGCCUCUUCAGCACAGCGUGUGUGGAGGAUUACUGUGCCAGUAAGUUUGCUGCAGUGGGCUUCCACGAGUCUCUGGCACACGAGCUGCUGGCCGACGAGGUUGAAGGGGUGAAGACGACCCUGGUCUGCCCUUACAUCGUAGACACGGGCAUGUUUGAAGGCUGCAAGAUAAGGGAGGAAGCGGAGCUGUUCCUUCCUCCUCUGGAGCCCCAGUACUGCGUGGAGCAGGCCAUGAACGCCAUCCUGGUAGACCAACCACUGGUGUGCAUUCCCCGCCUCACGUACCUGCCUUUCCUCUCCAGAGCAUUGUUGCCGUGGGAAUCUAACGUGGUUACGUAUCGUUUCCUGGGGUCUGACAAGUGCAUGUACCCUUUCAUCGACACCAAGAAGGAACAAACAUCUAAUGGCGCCGUCACGGUUGCAUAGUUGUACCCAAGUGGACUAAACUGUCAAAUUAAAAUCAAAUGUCCCUUAAAAAAAAGCGGGUCGUACUGCCCGGCUACAGCCCAGAGUCCGUAAGGAAAGCAAAUGGACCCAUUCUGGAGUGUGUGCUAGAUGACCACUCAGCCAAGUGGUCAUCAGCACGCUAAAAACACUUCAGCAAAGCUUAAACGUCCUUUCAAACACACACACACACACACACACACACACACACGUGAAAUGCCACAAUACUGUACAGUGAGUUUUGAACCAUCUAAAUUAGAGUUACUUCAAUUUCUCUAAUUGAAUAAUGUACUACGGUAAUGUUCCGCCUUAUGUUUACAUAAAAUAAAAGGAAUGAAAAAGACUCUCAAAAAACUGGUGUAUAUCUUUCUAUGAAAUAUCUAGCAGGUAAAUUCUAUGAAAAGUGAUGUAAAUAUGAAUAUUGAUAGUAUAUUUCACAGAUAAUAAAUAACAUU